AUGGGAGCUAAUGAUAGUCCAACAACAACUCGUUCAAUUGUAACGGAUUAUUUCGAUUGGCGUUUAAAUAAUAAAAUAACAAAUAAUCGUUUAUUUUUAAUUGUACGUAAAAUAGCUAGUGAUUGUGAAACAGCUUAUCAUUCUCAACAACCAACAUUUAAUAUUCGUUUUUCAUUAUCCUCGGUUGAUUUACAAACAUUAAAUAAUAUAAGAAAUAUUCAUAAUGAAAUAGCAAACGAAUUAUUUAGUGCUGGUGGUAUAACAUGGGGACGUAUUAUAACAUUUAUAUCAUUUUCAGCAUUGUUAGCUGAACAUAUUAUACGACAACAACAACUACAGCAACAACAAGAACAAGAACAACAACAACAGCAACAACAAGAACAACAACCAUCAAAUAAUAGUUUAUUAUCGAAUUUAAUCAUAUCAUCUAUUAUUGAUUGGACAACUGAUUUUAUUGAUACAGAUCUUCAAACCUGGCUUCAAAAUCAAAACUAUUGGACCGGUUUUUUUAAACUUUAUGAUAAAGCAUCACAACGACGAAAUUCAAUUGGUCGUUAUGCUGGUAUACUUGGAACUAUCGGUUAG